UCGGCAAUCUGUUAUUGAAAAGAAAAUGAAAAUUUAGAUUGGAAAUAUCUUUUUCUCACAAAAAUUUUUCAAUAAUGAAAAGGCGGCAAUCUGUCCCAAGAUUUUAUAAAUAAAAACAGUCAUGAUUGAUGAUUGUGCCCGCAACUGAUACAAAUUUCAAUAGUUCAGUUAGAAAAAAUGUAUUAUGAUCCGAGCACAUUAUCUAAUAUCAACGAAAUACAAACAAGUCAUAUUGGAUUAAAUUUAAGAGUUGACUUUGAACAUAAAAUUCUUGAUGGAAGUGUUACAUUAAGAUUAAUUACUAUAGCUGAUAACGUUAACAAAGUCAUUCUUGAUACAAAAAGUCUCAUUAUUAAGUCAGUUUCACAAGAUGGAAAACAACUAAAGUUUAACCUUAAUAAUGAAAUUGAUUGUUUUGGAGCGACUGGCUUGCAUAUUGAGCUUGAAAAACCUCUUGCUACUGGAACCAAGUUCGAAUUGGAAAUAUCCUACAACACUACGAUACAAGGUACUGCUAUUCAAUGGUUAGAACCAAGUCAAACCGUUGGAAAGAAGCAUCCUUAUCUUUUUACACAGUGUCAAGAAAUUCAUGCACGAUCUCUUUUGCCAUGUCAAGAUACACCAUGUUUCAAAAUAACCUACAGUGCCAAUAUUCAAGUUCCUCAUCCUCUUAGAGCUCUGAUGAGUGCUAUUAGUGUUGGGGAAGAGGAAAUUAAUGAUGACAAAAGCAAACUUUACAAAUUCGAGCAAAAAGUUAAAAUUCCCUCUUACUUAAUUGCUUUGGCAGUUGGAAAUUUGGCAGGAAAAGAAAUUGGUCCUAGAUCAACUGUGUGGUCCGAACCAGAAGUUAUACAAGACGCUGCAUGGGAAUUUGAAGAUACUGAAAAAUUUAUUGCUAUAGGAGAAAAACUUUUGACUCCUUAUGAAUGGAAGAAGUAUGAUCUGUUGGUUCUUCCCGCUUCAUUUCCUUUCGGUGGCAUGGAAAAUCCCUGUUUGACAUUUAUUACUCCCGCGCUAAUAGCCGGUGAUAGAUCUCUCGUUGAUGUAGUUGCUCAUGAAGUUGCUCAUAGUUGGACAGGAAAUCUUGUCACAGCUGCAAAUUGGGAACAUUUUUGGCUCAAUGAAGGAUGGACCAUGUUUCUUGAAAGAAAAAUUAUUGGUCGUUUGUAUGGUGAAAAAGAAAGUGAUUUUCAUUCAAUUAUUGGAUUGAGUGAAUUAGAGGAGGAUGUUACCGUUUUUGGUGAAGACAAUCCCCUUACUGCAUUACAACCUGUAUUGAAAGGAAUAGAUCCUGAUGAUGCUUUUUCUCGUGUUUCAUAUGAAAAAGGAUAUAAUUUUUUGUACCAUAUUCAGCAAGUAGUUGGUGGUCCUGAAUUUUUUGAACCUUAUAUGAAAGCUCAUAUUGAAGAAUUUGCUGGUAAAUCUAUUAUCACAGAUGAUUGGAAAAAUUUCUUAUAUUCUUUUAUGGAAAAAACUUUUGGAUCCGCAAAAAAGGAUGCAUUGGAUAAAAUUGAUUGGAAUGGCUGGUUACAUUCUCCAGGAAUGCCACCAUUAAAAAAUGAAUUUGACCAAACGCUUUCAGAAGAAUGUAAUAAAUUGGCUGAAAGAUGGAAUUUGGCAAGAAACAAUGAAAAUUUUAAAGAAUUCUCACCAGCAGACAUCGAGAAAUUUACCACGUUACAAAAGAUGGCAUUCUUAGACCGAUUAUUGGAGUUUCCACCUUUUCCUCAUUCAUCAAUUGUUGCAAUGGAUAAAGCUUACAAUUUCACUACUGUUCGUAAUGUUGAAGUUUGUUAUAGAUGGCAAAAAGUCUGUUUAUUAGCAGAGUAUGAACCCAUGUUCCCUCAUGUUGUUAAAUUUGUAACUCAACAAGGAAGAAUGAAAUACGUUAGACCUCUUUAUAGAAUGUUGAAAAAUACCAAGAAAGGAUCGGACUUGGCGAAGAAAACUUUUACUGAGAAUAAGUCAUUUUACCAUCCUAUUGCGGCAACUAUGAUUGAAAGAGAUAUUUUUUAAAAGAGUUAAGAAUUUGCUAAUUAAAGCUAUGUAUUUUAUAUAUAGGUUUUGAUUAUAUAAAUAAAUAUAUUUGAAAUUUUAAUGUCCAUAAGGCAAAGCUUAAAUUACUAUAACAUAGUGAUCUAGACAUUGAUACAUUCCCAUUACCAAAAUAUAAAUCGGUUCUAGUAGUUCCGAAAAUUUUUUGAUUGUGCCAUGAGUAGUAAACCUUUGCACCCAAUUCUUUUUUUUUU